UGAAGAGUCUUAAAAGUAACCUUAUAUGAAGUAAAACUAUUACUGAGCUUACAGUGUAACCUUCUAGUCUAUUAAUAAUAUUGUAGUGAACUGUAGCUCAGGCACUAGAAUGAACUGGCAACUCGGGUGUUUUGUAGACUUCGGAGAAAUUGUGAAUGAAACGAGCUGCCGAUUGGCGGCUAAAUGAAAUGUAAAGAAGCUCAGACGCUGAUGAAUAUGAAGAAAACGGACUCGGUGUUCAUUAGGACAGCAUUGUGGAUUAAACAGAGGCACUGAGCGCUGGGACAGAGCUGCACCAGCCUACAGACUGAUAAGGCCACCGGCAUGACAGCGGCCUCCUGGGAAGUGGAUUCAGCUCAGUCCAAUCGUUCUCUGUUUAACCUGAGCAGUAGCUUCAGCAGCACCGACACUUUCUUGUGGUUGCUGCCCUCCCAGAACAGCACAGAGGUGACAUGGAGCCCCACCUCGCAGCCAGGCACAGCCAGGGUACGGGACCAGGCUCUGGCACAGGCUGAGAUCGGUGUGCUUAGCCUGGUGCUGGCACUUACCACUCUGGGCAACAGCUUUGUGCUGUGGGUGCUGCUGCGCAGGAGAAAGCACCAUGCACCUAUGCACCUCUUCAUGAUCAACCUGUGUUUGGCUGACCUCGUGGUGGCCUUCUUCCAGGUUCUGCCGCAGCUGCUGUGGGAUAUCACAGAGCGCUUCCAGGGCCCAGACGUUCUGUGCCGCUUUGUCAAGUACUUGCAGAUUGUGGGCAUGUUUGCUUCCUCGUACAUGAUUGUGGCCAUGACAAUGGACCGCCACUAUGCCAUCUGCUGCCCUCUGCAAGCGUACCGUGGAGGCAAACCUUCACGCUGGAACAUGCAUAUAAUGGUGGCCUGGGGCCUGGCCCUGACACUCAGUUUGCCACAGGUGUUCAUCUUCUCAAGGACUGAAGUGUUGCCAGGGGAGUUUGAGUGCUGGGGCCACUUUAUUGAACCAUGGGGCCUUAAAGCUUAUGUCACCUGGAUGACUAUAGCUGUGUUCAUUCUACCAGCCCUCAUCAUCACAGUGUGUCAGGUGCGUAUCUUCAGAGAGAUACACAACAAUAUCUACCUGAAGUCAGAGAGAAUGGUGACAGCAGAGUUUAAGAGGAACUCUGUGGUCUUUCAUUUCCCUCAGAAAGAAGGGCAUUAUGGGAGGCAUGGGAGAGACAGAGACUCACAAGGUAGCCAUAAUCAUCAGACUGAUAUUCAUGGAUGUCAUUGCAGUAACUCCGCCCCUACAGACCUUCAGAGUUCAUAUGACAAUCUGUCCAGCCCUGAGCCAUUUGCAAACUCCACAUAUAACCCCUGUGAUUCCUGUGACCCCUGCUCUGUGCCCCUGCCACCCACAGAAAUCUCCACAUCAAACAACCCACCCUUAGAGAAAUUCUCUCCUGAUCCAUCUGAUCCAUCUUACGCACAUGCUCUGACAGCCAAUAGUACACGCGCUCAGUCCAGAGCCUCAUCCUUAAUGGCUGGCCAACUUUCAGGAACUCCUGAACUCUGGCCAGAUGUGUUACCAGAUCAUCCCCCACCACCUCCCCCUGGCAUUUCUAAGGCCAUGUCAAAGACAGUGAGGAUGACUUUGGUCAUAGUGUUAGUCUACACUAUUUGUUGGUCUCCUUUCUUCAUCGUCCAGCUGUGGGCGGCCUGGGACCCGAACCCUCCAGACCAAGGAGUAGCAUUCACCAUCCUGAUGCUGCUGGCCAGCUUGAACUCUUGCACGAAUCCCUGGAUCUACACAGCUUUUUCAAGCAGUGUGUCACGUGAGCUGCUUGCUCUGCUUCGCUGCAACGUGUCCGCCCCACGCCGAGGCUCGCUGCCCGACGACUCCACUACAACACACACCUCAACCACCACUAAGGACAGUAUCUACUAACAUGGCUUCAAGCACACAUGGAUUAACCACCGGAUUCAAAUUCACCAGUACCAGUUCUCACAACGCUUAUACGAUAUAAGAUUGGCUAUAUUUAAGAGGGCAGUGCCCCAUGGGCAGCAAGCAUCAUGAAGGAGAAACGUUAUAAGUUCAGUGAUUUGAAUGUAAGCGACGGAACAGACAUUUGCAUAUGUAUGUGUGUGAAUUUAUGUAUGUGUGUGAUAGUUGGGAGACGAGUCAAGAAUAAGCUGUGAGGAUGUGAGACAUUGCCAAAUGUCUGAACAGGAAAACUACUCCAGACUGGUAGAAGACCAGCCAGAGAGCAGAUGCCACUGUUUGGAACAGAACAGUGGUUGAGACUAUUGUGGACACCUGUGUCACUGCCAAACAGAUUAUUUCAGGUUACCAGAUAUGAAUGAUGUCAGAAUUACUAUAAAAGAAGCGCUGGAUGGUGCUGGGAAAAAAACAGCAUGAGCUGAACACUAGAGUUUGUCACAAAAUGCAGUUAGAGACGCACUUCCCAAAACUGACAUUUCUAUUCUAUUCAUUCUGGACUGCCAGGGCAAUUUCCUUUAGCGCUAGUGGAAUAUACCUGUUACUUGUUUCCUUGUUGGGAAAUUUACAGUCAAGGAAGUUUUCCAUCUUGUCUUCAUGACUGUAACCCCCGCAUCAUUCUUGUCCUCUUUCCCAUUCCGUCUUUUUUGGGUAGAUGAAGAAGUGGGUUCAACAUUCUUUCUUUCCUUUGACAAUGCGAUGUUUGUAGCAGGGUAUGAAGUGAACAGCAGACAUGCAACCACUUGGAAGGUAAAAGGAACAGAAAUAGGCAGAAAGCUCAGCUGCUCAGCCUCCUCAAACAGGAAGAGUGAGUGCCUUUACAAUGCUGGAAUUAAGAGGAGCUGGCAGUAGGCAUGAGACAAAUGCAAGCACUUUGAUACAACAGCACAAUGAAGUGUAGCACAUGGAGGAGCUUAUUACAGCUGCCGUGCAUACAGAGACAGUCUCAUGUGUACUCUCUAUGACUGAUUCUCAUUCUUUAAGUAUGAAUAAUGAGCCUACCCUAGCAGUGAGUGCUGACAGCCUCUCAUCAGGGUGUUCUGAUGAUUAGAGCACAGUGCAGGACUAUGGCUCAGCAGCAGCAAAUGCACUGCAGCCUGAUAUUAAGGCUGUCUUAUGAAAGUCAAGAAGGUUCUUCCACUGAACAACGCUGAUUGAACGUGUAGCAUUUUGUGGUACAUUUUGUGGUACAGUCACCCAAAAAAGUUGCAGGGCUUUCUCAUAAUGUCUCACAUGUGAACAGAAGCUUCAAACCAGGAAAAGGGAAUGCAUACUGAUUUCAACAGCAGUGCAGUGAGAUUAAUAACAUCAGAGGCUGAUGAAGCCCUGCGCAUUAAUCAGCAGGACUGAAUCGAGGAUCGCCAGACCACCUGAGUCUCUUGUGAAUGGCCAGAGGACAAGUUUUUCUAGGCUACCCAUAUGGUGUUAUGAUCAUGAUUAUCAGGUGAUGAUAUUGUUGUCAUUACUCAUCAAGGAAAGGAGCAAAUGAGAAUUCUCCACUAGUUCUUAAGGAAACCGGCCUGGUGGUACAAAGCCAGAGUUACAAUUUACCGGUACUUUAAAAUCCAAGAAUGCAAUUAGGGAAUAUACCCAGAAAAGCACUUAUUAGCAGUAUGGAAGUGAGCUCUACUGCUUGGCUUUAGAUUUAAGUGAAAUACAUAGCAUCACUGGCAUGGUGCUCAAAAAAAUUCAUUCGCAUUCACCAGUCAAUCAGGCACAUGGAUGGCCACAAGGGCAAGCUGAAGCCAAAGCAUUGUGUGAUGGUACAGACGUGCAACACAAUAUAGACUGUGUUUAUUCAAGAGGAUGCUACAGCCUCCACUUUCUCAAACUGGUGGGGCCAAUAUAGUGUACUUAUAGUUAAAAGGUUCUAUUUUAUAAGAUUUUGUAUAGGACUUAAAUAUAAUAUAACACUCUAAAAAUAAAUGAAAACCCACCAUGUUGUACACGUAGGACACCAUUCUAAUUAUUGCCUUUUGCAAUGAUGUAAUUCUGUGUAGCUUUUUGAAUCUGUUCAGAGCUUUGGUACUCUCAUGUAUAAUAUAAAGCCUCUGUAUUAUCUACCAGUUCUGUUAUAAAGCAGAAUAAAGAGCAGAAAUAAUAUCUUUUACCAUAGUUUCAGCUCUACCUCCGGCCUGUUUCUGCUCUCACAAAUGUGUUUUAUGGUUGGAAUUAGGGGACCAUUUGUAUUCUGUUCAGAACUUGUAGAAUAACUUAUUUGUAUAAAAGAAAUUACAAAUGCUCUAAUUUAACAAUAUGUUGAAGUAUUGAAAAUAUACAUAGGUUAAUAUAUCGUACUGACAAAACCUUACCUCUGCAAAGUGCCCAUAUUAUAUGUUUUGUUUUUUCCUCAAACUGUAGCAUCAUGUAGAUUAUUGUCACUAUAUUAAAAACGGAUGAAAGGUAAAAACAACACUUUCAUUUAAUGGGUAGUUGCAGUGACUAACAUUUUUAUGUUAAUCAUAGCAAGUCUAUAAUGUUGAGCAGCUGUCAAUAUUUUGUUGGUAUCCUAAACUACUUGAUAUGAGAUUGAUAAGUCAUUGUGCAAAUUAACAACUGCGUGAGAAGGUUUUGUGUCUGUAUUCUGAACAUCUAUACAGUAGUCAGUGUAUAAUUAUAAACUUGUUUUUGUUUUGUUUUUUUUUCACAGAAAGAAAAUUUAUUUAA